AUGAAAUUGAUAAAACUAGUAAAAAAUUCAACUGGAGGGGCUACUAUUCAGCUAUUACCAGAAGAUAAAGAAGAUCUGUUUACCAUUUAUCAAAUAAUUGACAAAGAUGACGAAUUGGUAUUUAAAAAGAAGUUCACUACAAAAACUUCACAAGUGAAUGAACAAUCGUCAUCGGUGAAAAAAUCAACUGAUUUUGCAAGAUUGAGAAUUAAAGUUCUUUCAGAUGAAUUUUCUCUAAGCGAUGAUUAUUUGAAAUAUAAAGGUGUCACUACUACUGAUGAAUCAGGUCAAUCUAAUGUUGAUAUACCGGUCGGGAAGUUUAUCUCUUUUGUGGUAAACUUCACAUAUCCAUUUACCAUUAUUAAGGAUGAUUUUGAUAAAUUUGCAGAAAGGUUAUUGAAGGAGUCCUGUAAUCCUGUGGCCAAGUCAGACACAGCUGCUAUUGCCUUACAAGAAGGUAUCGCUCAUGUAUGUCUCUUAACCCCCUCUUCUACGCUCCUAAGGCAAAAGAUUGAAUAUAGUAUGCCCAAGAAGAAAAGAUCUACUGAUGUCAUGAAAUUUGAUGAAAAAACUCACAAAUUCUAUAAGGCUAUCUAUGAAUCCAUCAAGAAGAAUUACGAUCUAGAUUCUUUAAAACUAAUUAUCUUAUGUUCUCCAGCAUUUUACGCUAAGACUCUAUACGAGAACAUUUUACAUUAUGCAAAGGAAGAAAAUAACAAGAUGAUAUUAAAAAACCAAUCCAAAUUCCUUGUUGCACAUUGUUCUACAGGUUAUCUUCAAGGGAUCACUGAAGUGCUUAAGGACCCUAUUUAUACGUCCAAAUUAAAUGAUACUAAAUAUGCCCAGGAUAUUCAAAUACUAGAUGAGUUUUUGAAGCAUUUGGAUGCGGAUGACGCUAAGGCAUGGUAUGGUGAAGCUGAAGUUAUCAAAGCUGCCGAUAUGGGUGCUAUAAACUGUUUAUUGAUUACAGAUGUUCUUAUAAGAUCAGAGGAUUUGAAAAAGAGGAAACAGAUGCAGGAUGUAGCCGAUAUGGUGGAACAGAAUGGUGGGAAAGUAAUGAUAUUUAGCACUCUUCAUAGUUCUGGUGAGGAAUUAGAUAAACUAACUGGGGUAGCAUGCAUUCUUAAAUACCCAUUGCCCGAUUUAGACGAAGAUCUUGAAGAUGAUGACGAAGAUGAAAGCGAGGCAGAUAAUGACCAAAAUGGUUAUGAUGACGAUGCCUAUUGA